AUGGGGGGCACCCUGCGGGUGGCGGUGCUGGGCGCCCCAGGCGUGGGCAAGACGGCCAUCAUCCGGCAGUUCCUGUACGGGGACUUCCCCGAGCGGCACCGGCCCACGGCCGCCCGCCGCCUCUACCGGCCCGCCGUGCUACUCAACGGCGCCGUGUACGACCUGAGCAUCAGCGACGGCGGGCCCGGCCCGGCCCCGGCCCCCGCAGCCGGCCCCGCGGCCUCGGCCGCCAGCAGCAGCAGCGCCUCCGCCUCCUCGGCCGCGGCCUCGGCCGCCACCAGCGCAGCCUCCUCGGCUGGGGACGGGGGCCUCCAGGAGCUGCCAGACCUGAAGGACUGGAGCCUGCAGGACAUGGACGCCUUCGUCCUGGUUUACGACAUCUGCAGCCCAGACAGCUUCGACUACGUCAAAGUGUUGAGGCAGCAGAUUGCAGAGAACCGGCCAGCAGGAGCACCAGAGGCCCCCAUCAUCGUGGUGGGUAACAAGCGAGACCAGCAGCGACAGCGCUUCAGCCCCCGAAGGGCCCUGGCUGUGCUGGUGAAGAAGAGCUGGAAAUGUGGCUACAUGGAGUGCUCAGCCAAGUACAACUGGCACGUAGUUCUGCUCUUCAAGGAGCUACUGAGCAGUGUCCUAGCUAGGGGCUGCAAGCACAGCCACCCAGCCAUCCGCCUGCAGGGUGCACUGCACCCCAACCGCUGCAGCCUCAUGUGACUGGCACCAGCCACUUGGACUCCCCUGUGCUGGUUCCCAAAGACUUUCCUGGUACAGGGAAGCCCCAUCUGGAUGCCCUGGAGACCCAAGACUCACUCUAGGCCAUGUACUUUGUUGGAGUUGGGGAGGGGGAGGCUGGCAAACGGGAAUCCAGCAGCCAGGCCCUCCCCAGAUGGGACAGCAAGGGCCAAGGGACAGGCCCCAGGGCCAGGCAAGGCCACACCUAGGGCAGGAGGGCCCCUGCUCAGCACAAAGGACCCUGAUGCCAGGGCUUGGGAGGGUGACCCCGCAUGUGUCCCCCAAGGGCUAGUCUAUCCUGCUCAGGGCCAAAGCUGACAGAAUAAAGAGGAGAAGGACGGCCCAGCUCCAUCUCUGGGGUGGGAUGGACUGGGGGCUGUGGCUCAGAC